AGUUUAUUGAAGAUAUCAUCCAUCUUAAUCAUUGCCACACUCCUUGCCUUAGCCUUUGGCUUGCAUCACCUGUUCAACCACGCCUCAGGAUGUUGCAUCGACGUCCAACUGACCCAGCACUUGAGCGCGCAAGGCAGGCCCAGCGUAGGCCUACACUACCGUUCGAGAAGAUUUCCGGUCGAGUGCAAGACAAGUAUCCUGCAUAUGACGACUUUCCUUGGGAAAAAAUCGAAGAAUACCUUCAGGGCAAGUGGCCGGCCUGGAAGAACUUCAAACCAACAAGAGUACGUUCAAGUCGUACAGUUGCGACUAGAAGCUAAUAGGCUCCACAAAGUUCAACGGAAAUUGGCAGUUCGAAGUCCCUGAAAAGCUGACCGAGGUGAGUCCUCUCCU